AGUGACGUCACGAGACCUGGAGUUAGCGGGAAAACUUGUCUCGGCUUCCCCGCCAAGGGCGCGCGCGCUGAACUUUUGAGCGCUGGACCCAGGGGGCUUGCGCUGCCAUGAGUCUCUGGGUGGAUAAGUACCGGCCCUGUACUUUGGGACGGCUGGACUAUCACAAGGAGCAGGCAGCGCAGCUCCGCAACCUGGUGCAGUGUGGUGACUUCCCUCACCUGUUAGUAUAUGGGCCAUCAGGUGCUGGAAAGAAGACAAGAAUUAUGUGUAUUCUACGUGAACUUUAUGGUGUUGGUGUAGAAAAACUGAGGAUUGAACAUCAGACCAUCACAACUCCAUCCAAAAAAAAAAUUGAAAUCAGCACUAUUGCAAGUAAUUACCAUCUUGAAGUCAAUCCCAGUGACGCUGGAAACAGUGACCGAGUAGUAAUUCAGGAGAUGCUGAAGACAGUGGCACAGUCACAGCAGCUUGAAACAAACUCACAAAGAGAUUUUAAAGUGGUGUUAUUGACAGAAGUGGACAAACUCACGAAAGAUGCUCAGCAUGCUUUGCGCAGAACUAUGGAAAAAUAUAUGUCCACAUGCAGAUUGAUCCUAUGCUGCAAUUCUACAUCUAAAGUGAUAUCCCCUAUUCGGAGUAGGUGCUUGGCAAUUCGUGUGCCUGCUCCCAGCACUGAAGAUAUUUGUCAUGUGUUAUCUGCUGUUUGCAAAAAGGAAGGUCUGAGUCUUCCUCCACAGCUGGCUCAGAGAAUUGCAGAGAAGUCCUGCAGGAAUCUUAGAAAAGCUCUCCUUAUGUGUGAAGCCUGCAGAGUGCAGCAGUGUCCUUUCACUGCAGACCAAGAAAUCCCCGAGACAGACUGGGAGGUCUACCUGAGGGAGACAGCACAUGCCAUUGUCAGUCAGCAGACGCCACAGAGACUCCUUGAAGUUCGUGGAAGGCUGUAUGAGCUACUAACUCAUUGUAUUCCUCCUGAGAUAAUAAUGAAGGGCCUGCUCUCAGAACUUCUACAUAAUUGUGAUGGACAACUGAAAGGGGAAGUAACCCAGAUGGCAGCUUAUUACGAACAUCGUCUACAGCUGGGGACCAAGGCCAUUUAUCACUUGGAAGCAUUUGUGGCCAAAUUUAUGGCACUUUAUAAGAAAUUCAUGGAGGAUGGAUUGGAAGGCAUGAUAUUCUGAUUUCAAUCAGUGAUUCUUCUAAAUGUUUUUCAGAAUCAGUCUCCAUACAAUUUAUAUCAGGAGAGCCAUGGGUAAAAUAAACGAACUACUUAGUUGUGUC